CAGAGAUAUUGAAUGCAGUGUGGCAUCAAUCGCGCAGAAAAGUCACAUGUUUCAGGAAGACCUAUCCACUGGCGUGCACAUCAUCGGUCACAGGAUCUUAGUACUGUCGGCUUCAUGUUCGUGCCAUGGUCAAUUCAGAUUAUGUGCAGCUAUUUCUGCGGAGUUGAUUGUUAGCUUGCAGUGAGUGGACUGGAGGUGACUAUCUUUCGUUUGUUCGUUGGCCUCAGCAAGUUAGCUACACAUCAGCUUGAGGUUGUUCUCCAUCUUCGUCCCCGUUUGUGACCUCACUUCGGAAGGCCAUCAAUACAAUCCAAAAGAUGAAUCGGACUGCAAACUGCAUUGAAUGAAAUGCGUCAUCGCCAAAUUGGAACACUUUCCAGCCUCGUACCAGAAACAUAUCCUUCCAAAAAACGAAGCCCUUUAGAACUUACAUAGGUCAGGUGGAAAGGCUUCCAUCCAUUUCCACCACGUGGAAAGCUGCCACAAACAUUGUUGCAAAUGUUUGGUCGAGAAUGGUCGAAUCCGAGUCAUUUACCAGAUGAGACGAUGAUAAAGUGGCGAACGCAUGUGGUGUAUUCUAGCAAUAUGUAUCAGCUGUGCGUAUACAUGUAUUCAACCUUCGAUGUUGAUCCGCCACGGCAUGUUGACGGUCCGGGAGAUGGAGCUGGGCACACACGCCGGUACCUCGCGAGGAAGAGGUAGGACAGGCAUUUGGUCAAGAUCAAUGAUGGUUCUGGGCCAGGCAAGAAAGCUUGCUCGGCCAAUGGCUUCUGCCAGACAGAUUGGAGUAAAAUACACUCAAGUGCAGUGAGAUACUGCAAGUCUACGAGGAGGAGAACGAGAACAUUCAGCUCGAUAUCGUAUGGCGUACCCACCCUCUUCGAUCGACUCGAUGCCUCCUCCUUCCAUCCAUCAGAAAGCCAGUGUAGGUAACCCUGCCGCUCGUACGUGUCCUGCAACACGCAGUGGGUGCUUUUGUAGUGCAUCGGCUCUCGUUAAAUCCUAUGGAAAGAGGCUCUUUGGCGGUGUGAUGCAGGACGCUCUAGGCACUGAAAAGCAGAUCAGAUUGUCGACGCGCAGUCCGAGCUUACAUGCUUCGUUGCACAUGCACCACGGUUGCGCGAGAUGCCGUCCUCUGCAAGCUGAGAUGCGGUGCAGUACCAUAAGCUACGAGUCCGUCCUGCUGCAACAGCGCCCUACCGCCAGCUUAUCCCAACAAAAGCUAGCGCCAGUGUCGCUGAUGCAACACCGGGUCGUGUGCAGUGACUGUUACUAUGGAUGGGUUGAUAGACGGAUGGAUGGAUGGAUGGGCGGCUCGAAUCAAAUAUAAUAAUUAUCAUAUUCUCGACAUGAUCUUAUUUUGAAUGAAGGACUGAUGGCAUUCGCACCAGACCUUUCAUUGAAGAGCCUCUCGACAUUUGUCUGAUGCUUUUGUGCCCAGCCUUGUGUAGGUCCCAACUGUCGACCGAAAUAUCUUUGUCAUGCCAUCUCGAGGCAGUUUUGUCUGGAGUGGAUUCGACAACAAUAAACAAAUCAGCGCUCGGAUAGAAAGUGAUCAUAGUAUUCUCCGAACUGAAUCUUGGGCGUCCACAUUAUGUAUGGAUCGUGGAAAAGAGCACGAGUCGGCCACAUUCGCUGCAACUUUUCUCCCGAAUGGUUGCCGGUGUAGGUAUCAUGAAUGAAGGAGCCCCUGUUCCAGGUGAACUUUGUGGCGUCUUGGAACUCGAAUCCUGUACAGAAAAAUCGCAUGUCAUCUUCUGCGGGAAACCACAUGAAACCAGCGUGAGCUUCAGGUUCAGUGACACACAGAGGUUAAUGUACGAAUGUGCAAUCAUCAUCUCCAUGAUGCUUUUGGGUAGACUUGGUGUGCUGGUAUACGCCUCCUCUACUUUCCCUAUCCUCUGUUCAUGUAAAUCUCGAUGAAAUCAUCACUAACAUCAAUGGGACCUAUCAACUUCUACCGCUCAAAUUGAGCACAUGAAAAACACAACCUCCCAAGUCCUGGGGGCAUAUUCUGGCAUCUGGAAAAUCUGGAAAGUCGAGUCUACAAGUUAAGACUUGCAAUAUGAAAAUGCUGUGAUUAACG